GAGGAAGGAAGCUAGCUAGGCACAGUACAGACUGCUGCUGGUUCUGGACUGGCCAGGAAAUCAAGGUAAGGGAGGGUAUAGGUGUGGCAAACCUCAAGUGCGUUCCUUGGAGGCAAAGCUGAGAAGAGACCAAGGACGAUGAAGACAGAAUGUGGGCAGACAAUGCGCAGAACUGUCACCUUUUGGUCUCGCAGCAGAGACUCCGCCAUGGACCCACCGUUGCAGAGUGAAGAUUCCCAAACGCAGCCCUCGCAGCUCUCUCCACUGACAUCCUACCACUGGCACACUGGAGGCCGAGGGGAGAAGACUGCUGGAGCGUUCCGCUGGGGCCGCUUCGCAGGCUGGGGAAGGACCCUGAGCCAUCAGGAGUCCAUGGUGAGCACCCAGCCAGCCCCUAGAUCUCUGUUUCGUCGGGUCCUCUCUGCACCCCCUAAGGAGUCACGGCCCAAUCGCCUCCGGUUUUCCAAGACCCUGUGGGGUAGGCACAAGAAUGUGGCACCACUGGAACCUAAGCCAACUCCGAAGGCCCCAGAGCCAGAGCUGGAGUUGGUAGCAGACCCAGGUCUACCUGUUGCACAGAUCCCUGAGCCGCCCACCCCUGACAUGCCUGUUUGGAGCAUUGAUGGCUUUACCCUGCUCGAAGGAAGGCUGGUGAUGCUUGGUGAGGAGGAGGGUCCUCGCCAAAUCCGAGUGGGGAGUGCCAGCUCAGAAAGCAGCAUGCAGGCAGCCUUGGGGAACCUCAAGGAUCCAGUUCGGACCCCCGGGAAAACUGAGCAGGAAGCCACUGGUUCCAACCAGGUCCACAAUGUUCGGAGGUUACUCAAGAGGCUGAAGGAGAAGAAAAGGGCCAAGUCAGAACUGGGAGCCCACACCCCUCGAGAUGGACCCCCCAGUGCUCUUGGUUCCAGAGAAUCACUUGCCACACUCUCUGAGCUGGACCUAGGCGCGGAAAGGGACGUGAGAGUCUGGCCUCUACAUCCUAGCCUCCUGGGCGAGCCGUAUUGCUUCCAGGUAACCUGGGCAGGCGGGAGCCGCUGUUUCUCUUGUCGCUCGAGCGCUGAGAGAGACCGUUGGAUUGAGGACCUUCGUCGGCAGUUCCAGCCGAGCCAGGACAACGUGGAACGGCAAGAGACGUGGCUGACGGUGUGGGUGCACGAGGCCAAAGGGCUACCCCGAGCAACUGCACCCGGAGUGCGUGCGGAGCUGUGGUUGGACGGCGCGCUACUGGCGCGCACUGCCCCCCGGGCGGGCCCAGAACAACUCUUCUGGGCCGAACGCUUCCACUUCGAAGCGUUGCCACCUGCCCGUCGCCUGUCGCUGCGGCUGCGCGGAGCAGGCCCGGCAGGGGCAACCGUGGGCAGGGUGAUGCUGGAGCUGGACGAGGUGAGCAUCACCCGCGCGCCUGCUGCGGGCCUGGAGCGCUGGUUCCCCGUGCUUGGGGCGCCGGCGGGUGCGGUGCUACGGGCGCGGAUCAGGGUGCGACGUCUGCGCGUGCUGCCGUCUGAGCGCUAUAAGGAGCUGGCGGAAUUCCUCACCUUCCACUACGCGCGCCUGUGCGGGGCGCUGGAGCCUGCGCUGUCUGCUCAGGCCAAGGAGGAGCUGGCAGCAGCCAUGGUGCGCGUGCUACGAGCCACUGGCCGAGCACAGGCAUUGGUGACAGACCUAGGAACCGCAGAGCUGGCGCGCUGUGGAGGCCGUGAGGCGCUGCUAUUCCGAGAAAACACCUUAGCCACAAAGGCCAUUGAUGAAUACAUGAAACUGGUGGCACAGGAGUAUCUCCAGGAGACCCUGGGGCAGGUUGUGCGGUGUCUCUGUGCCUCAACUGAGGACUGUGAAGUGGACCCCAGCAAGUGCCCAGCGCCAGAACUGCCAAAACACCAAGCUAGACUGCGAAACAGCUGUGAGGAAGUUUUUGAAAACAUCAUCCACUCUUACAACUGUUUCCCAGCAGAGCUGGGCACUGUGUUCUCGAAUUGGCGUGAAGCAUGCAAAGCACGAGGCUCCGAGGCACUGGGACCCCGGCUGGUGUGUGCGUCCCUCUUCCUAAGGCUUCUAUGCCCUGCCAUCUUGGCACCUAGCCUCUUUGGCCUGGCACCAGAGCACCCGGCCCCAGGCCCAGCCCGAACUCUCACGCUCAUCGCCAAGGUCAUCCAGAAUCUCGCCAACUGUGCUCCGUUUGGUGAGAAGGAAGCCUACAUGGCCUUUAUGAAUAGCUUCCUGGAAGAUCAUGGACCAGCCAUGCAACACUUCCUGGACCAGGUAGCUAUGGUAGAUGCAGAUGCCACACCCAGUGGCUACCAGGGAAGUGGGGACCUGGCCCUCCAGUUGGCAGUUCUUCAUGUCCAGCUCUGCACAAUCUUUGCUGAACUUGACCAGAAAACACAAGAUAGCUUGGAACCACUACCUACCAUCCUUCGAGCCAUUGAGGAGGGCCGGCCUGUCCCAGUGUCUGUACCAAUGCGCCUUCCCCGGAUCUCCAGUCAGGUCCAAUCCAGCUUCUCUUCAGGGGAGAAACCCGGCUUCUUGGCACCCCGAGACCUCCCCAAGCACACGCCACUCAUUUCCAAGAGCCAAUCUCUACGCAGCUUUCAAGGGGCAGGAAGCUGGACCCGUAGGCGGCCAGAUGAGGAGCGGCCCCAGCAGCGGCCGCGGCCAGUGCUGCGCACACAGAGCGUCCCUGCCAGACGUCCUACCCACCGUCGCCCUUCUGCAGGUUCCAAGCCACGACCCAAAGGCUCCCUACGCACGGGCCCCGCGCCUUGCGGACGGGCCUGGACUAGGGCUUCCACCUCGCUACCUCGGAAGCCAUCGGUGCCAUGGCAGCGCCAACUGGAUCAGCCCGGGGACCGAUACCAAAUUCCAGGAACGCACCGACCAGUGGGCAAGCUAGCAGAGAUACAAUGCGAGGUAGCUGCACUCCGCGAGGAACAGAAAGCUCUGUCCCAUCUGGUGGAGUCACUGAGUACCCACAUCCAGGCCUUGACGGAGCAGCAAGAGCAGCUCCGCUGUCAACUGCAGGAUCUGGACUCCAGACUGGGAGCUGGGAUCUCAAAGUUGGAUUCUAAGGGUGGUCUCCCAAGCAACGGAAGCUACAGGCUGAAAAGUCUGGAACAUCGCCUGACUGAGAUAGAAUGUUCUCAGGACCAGCUGAGGGAUGCCCUCCAAAGCCUACAGCUUCUUUCAAAAACAGCAGGAUCUCGGAGCCAGCCCCUGCCUCUCAAAGCACCAUGUGUCAAUGGAGCUGAUCUGUCAACGGGUACCUGAGCUUCUCGCUCCACUCCAUACGGUCUGGAAGCCAAGAGAGCCACUACAGAGCACCUUCUGACUGCCUCAGCCCUUCAUGGCCAUUAGUGGGGGGACAGAGUGGGAGGUGUCAAUCACACCGGUAACUGUGAGGUUGCCCAGUAAAUCUCCAUCUCAGAAAACCACAGGUUUCUCUGUCCCUACAAAUGAUUAAUACGAAAGCAUACCCAGCAUUCACCUCUCCCAAGUUCUUACCUAAUGUGAAGUCUCCUGAAGAUGGGAAUGAUAAGCAGAUCCUCACUACUGGUGUGAUUUAAGGUGGUCACUCCAAAAGACCCCAUUCUCUCCUCUGUAUAUAAAAAGUGCAUCUAAAAAUGUUCUACAUAGUGGACAACUCUUAGUUAAAGGUAUUCAAUAAAAGAUAUUUAUCAUU